GUCGCCCCCACGUGGCGGCAGGAGGCGGUUACCAUCGCACGCAGUGGGAAGGGUGAAGGGCCGGUUCCCUCUGAACCAUGAAGCUCUGUGCUGUGAAGCCCUGGACAAUGAAAGCACACAUCACACUCCUGAUAUUUUAGAAGAACCAUGUCAUUCUGAUUCUAGACCACCAAAAGGAAGGACAAGGAAACCCCAGGAACCCCCACCAGGACCCCCGAAGGUUUAGAGGUUUGUUUUGAUACUGCAUCCAGCCAUGGCUUGGUUCCAGGUGAUACUGUUUCUCUUUGCUUUGCUGCUGCAAUCGUUGCCCACAGAAGGAAAGGAUCCAGCUUUUACUGCACUGUUAACCAGCCAGCUGCAAGUUCAAAGAGAGAUUGUGAAUAAACACAAUGAACUGAGGAGAGCAGUUAACCCCACAGCCAGCAACAUGCUAAAAAUGGAAUGGAGCGCAGAAGCAACUACAAAUGCUCAGAGGUGGGCUAAUAAGUGUACGUUAGAGCACAGCAAUCCAGAAACCCGAAAAACCAGUACCAGAUGUGGUGAAAAUCUCUAUAUGUCAAGUGACCCUACUGCUUGGUCAGACUUAAUUCAAAGCUGGUAUGAUGAAAGUGAACAUUUUACCUAUGGUGUAGGGCCACAACCCAAUGCGGCUGUUGGACAUUAUACUCAGAUUGUUUGGUAUUCAACUUACAAAAUUGGAUGUGGAGUUGCUUACUGUCCCAGUCAACGUACUUUAAAAUAUUUCUACGUUUGCCAAUACUGUCCUGCGGGUAACAAUGUGUUGACAAAGGCCACUCCUUACAAGCAAGGGGAACCGUGUGCUAGCUGUCCUAAUAACUGUGACAACGGACUAUGCACCAAUAGCUGUGAGUUUGAAGAUUCCCUUAGUAACUGUGAGGCCUUGAAGAAAACAGCAGGCUGUGAACAUGGUCUGCUGAGGGAAAAGUGCCAGGCUACCUGCCUGUGUGAAAACAAAAUCCAUUAACAUGUUCAGGGCACAGCAAGACGGACUUCAUGAAAAGGGGAUGCGGUUUUCAGCUGAGGCAUGCCAGGGAAACCUAGAGGAGAUUAGCGCCAAGUUGGAUCCCAAAUGACAAAGCUUUUCCCUCCCUGGAUUUACACGGAAGUCUCUUUCAUCCAGCUAUUUAAAAAGGUGUCAUUUAGGAUGACAACUUUGGAUUAUGACCAAGUUUGGUGCUGUAAACAUAGUGGAUAGAGUUGGAUGCAGAAUUUUGAAAGUUGUAUGAACACAGGUCAUCAUUCAUCACUAGAACUUUGAAAAAAAAGAGCUAUGUGUGUCCGAAAGCAACUUGCAAUAAGAUAAUGGACUGUAAUAAUGUCACCACCAGUCUAUUCUACAGUGUCUCCCAGGAUGAAGCUUGACAUCUGAAUUUGUCCUAUGUCCUUUUAAUUAAUCACAAGUAAGCAUCGUUUUCAAUAAAGAACUUCGGCAACUACA